CCGUGUCCAAAUAUGUACCGUACGUACACCUCUAAUGAUGAACCGGUAUCACUAUAAAUAAGUGAGUUCACUGCAAGCAUCGAUCACUCCCACAUCUAUUCUCUUGCUUAUUAUAUUAUAUAUAAAAAUGGAGUUCCGAUGCGCUGUUGCUAUGCUUUUCUGUCUUGCUUUUGCAAUAGGAAGCCGUGGGCGAGAAUUGAUACCUGACGAAGAUUACUGGCAAGCAGUUUGGCCAAACACUCCAAUUCCUAACACUCUCAAGGAGCUUUUAAAGCCUGGAGCCCAAGAUUCUGAAAUAAAUGAUGUUCCGAUGAAAGUGGACGACACACAGUACCCAAAAACGUUCUUCUUCGAACAUGAGCUAUUUCCUGGGAAAAAGAUGAACAUGAAGUUCAGCAAAAUCCCGUUUGCUCAACCAUACGGAGUAUAUACAUGGGGCAAAGUAAUUAAAGACCUCGAAAAAGAGUCCUUCACCUUUGAGGAUGCUUGCGUAAGAGAAGCCGGCAAGGGCGAGGACAAGUACUGCGCAAAAUCCUUAUCAACUUUGAUCGGUUUCGCCGUUUCCAAGUUGGGAAAGAACAUUCAACCGUUUUCAAGUUCUUUCUUGGACAAGCAGACUGACUACACCAUAGAGGGAGUGCACAAUCUUGGAGACAAGGCUGUUAUGUGUCACAGGCUCAAUUUUCAAAGCACCGUCUUUUAUUGUCACGAAAUCCAUGGAACCACCGCAUACAUGGUUCCAAUGGUGGCAGCCGACGGCAGGAGAACUCAGGCGUUAGCGGUUUGCCACCACGACACUUCCGGCAUGAAUGCGGAGGUUCUUUAUGAAAUGCUGAAAAUCAAGCCUGGAACAGAGACUGCUUGCCACUUCCUUGGAAACAAGGCAGUUAUGUGGGUUCCCAACAUGGCUGUCAAUAGUGUCUACAAUAAUGCCAAUAUGGCAAGUUAAUUAACUAUGCCUUUCUUGAAGCCUUUUGGGUUUUACUAUAAUUAAAUAAUAAACCCAAGUAAUGUUGAACUCUCUACUUGUACUGUUGAAGCUCUAAAAUACAUGUGCGCCCAUAAUUGUGCAGUAUAUAUGAUUAUAUGCUGCUCAAUUUUAAUAUCUAUAUCUUCUUGUUUGAUAUGAACUUUCAAUAUCAUAUCUACAUGUUAAUUAGUCGA